AUGUCGUUUAAAAGUAAUCAACCUUCAGAGCCUCAAACAAAUGAUGAAACACAUGAAGGUCAUCUAAAUAUGUUAUGCCAAAAAGUUCAAGCUCUAUCACGAAAUCCAGAUUUUUAUAUAAAAUGUGGUCUUCAAGAACUUGAAAUUCUCAAUGACUGGAGCGUUACACAAGCGCAAAUGACAAAUGACGGCGGAAAGUCAAUAGCAAGAUGGAAUCCACGUACUGAUUGGCCUUCUACAUUAGUUACUGGUACUUAUGAUUUUGUCCUCCCAGUACUUAAGCAACCAUCUUACCAAGGAAAUAAUACAUGGGAAGUGAAUUUGGAUGAAAUUUCUUUAAUGGUAUCAACAAAUGAUGAUCCUGGCACAAUUAAUGAAAUGUGUUUAGAUGAGUUUCUAGAAAAUAUCUGUGAAUUCACGGAUCUUCCUCCCCCAUCAUCAAACUUUUCAAAUCAUGAAUUGAUUGAUGACUAUGCAAAUGUUGAUGCGCAAGUCACAAUUUUACCUGCUCCGUUAACCGAUGCAGAAGCUAGUUAUUCAUUCGCGAUUUAUCCAAAUUUCGCUUGUUCAAGCAUUCUCAUAAUAAUCUCUACACAAACUGAUACUACUGUACAUUUAGUAGAUACUGAUGAUAUAUCUAUCUUUAACAAAAUUAUCGGUGGUUACAAACUUUGUCGUAACGACCAAGGAAGAGUGGCUCCUUUUAUUGCGCGAUCAUUUGAAAGUAUUACUGGAAACGAACACUUUGAAAAUCUUUCAUUUUUAAUUCAAGUGCCAUUAAAACGCGAUAGUUCUCAACCUAUUAGUCCGACAGUUUAUAAUUGUUCUUUAUUUCCUUCGUUAUCUAAAAAAUCUGGGUAUUCCAGAGAUGAUCGAUUUCCCAUACAUGUUACCGCUCAUUUUAUUUUAGUCACCAAAGAUGGUAACGUGAAUGAAUACGAUAUAAUACAAGCAUCUAGCUGGAUUAAUUAUGCAAAAAAGUUUAAAGGUGAUUUAUGGUCAAAAAUUUUUCCAUCAAAUGUUGCAACCACGACAUCAAGAACUCAAAUGUCAUGGACUCUUGGUAAUGUACCUACAACCCUUCCCAUAAGUCCAUCUCAACAAAUAAUUCAAACAUCAAUAGGAAAUGUAAAAACUUUAUUUGAUGAUCAGAACCUCAUGUCGAAUACAUCGAUUAAAUAUCAUUCGCUUUCAGGAUCACUAAAAUCUUUUGUAGAAAGUAAUCCGAGUUCACCGACUACAGUUAAAGAUGUCGAUGUGAUAUGUCGACAAUGUCGUAUAAAAUUAAGCUCGAAUCAACUUUACGCUCGUUGCAUUUACUGUCCUGACUUUGAUAUCUGUGGAGAAUGUUGUGUAGUCGAAGGUCUUGAACAUGAUCAGCGUCAUCUCUUCAUUCUUGUUAAUCCAAAUUUGAAAAAUUUUCAAAAUUCCAACAUUAAUUUGAAAUCAAAGGUAUCACUCGUGCACGAUGUUCAAUGUAAUUUCUGUAGAAAGAUGCCGAUUGAAGGCAUCCGUUACAUAUGUUUAGUAUGUCCUGGUCCAAUAAAUAUUUGCAGUUUUUGUGAAGACAUGGGUGCACAUAAUGCUGCGAAUUGCUUCUCGCAUCCUCUUAUCAAAGUAUAUAUUCCCGGAACUUAUGAUUCGAAUACCUUAAAAUUGUCGUAA